UCGCAGUCGCGAUUGUCUUCCAAAAGACUUCGGAGUAUCACGUAUUGUAGUGCAGACAUUAAAAUCAGAUUUAUCGUAAACUUGCCGGUCUGGUUUCUCGUAGCGGACUGUUGCAAACUAAAGAGAACAAUUCAACACGCUUAUUGGCAAGUAGACGUCAUACGAAAGCGGAAGAACUUUCGGUUAGUGCAGCUAAAGUUAGCUAGAUAAGUGGCUACUCAAACGGUAGCAGGUAGCAGCUAGCGGGCUAGCUUGCUUCUUUGCUGUCAUGACCGGGGCUCCUCGAGAUUUCACAGCGUAAACGAGAAUACCUAGCAACUUGCUUGUUAGCUUUUAUUCGUUCGGCUAAAUUUGUGGCCCCGCCGAGACGCUGGCAGAGCGGAGAUUUUUUGCUUUCCUGUGGCUACCGGUGCUUCUUCAGCCGGCUGAAGAUAGCUCGUUUUACACACCCUGGACUUCCCAGUGAGAUGAGAGAGAGCAGCAUUGCCAAAGCAUUUAAAUAAGACAUCUUAACCCGGCUGACAAGGAGUGUCAACCUUUCUGUUUGCCAAAAAUAAGCAUCCGAUAAGACUGGAGAAAUGCUGACUGACAGCAGGAAAAGGCACCAUAGCUGCGACAGCGAGGAAGACCAACAGCUGAGGCCUCAGGCCAAGAGGUCAGGAGGGGGUCCCUCGUUGCUUGUAUCAGAUUUGGACUCAGAGUCUUCCAGCAGUGACAGCAGCAAUGGGAUCAGCAGUCCAGAGAGAGCAAUAGUGGCCACCACCAGACCAUGCAUACACAGCCAAAACAGCUGCAGGACCCAGGACCCCGUCAGCCCAAAGCCCGAAGUCUCUGCCAGCUCCUUGCAGCACGGUUUCCAUGGUGAUGGAAGAAGUGUCUCAUAUGACUACAUCAACAGAGUCCUGAGGGAGGCGCACUUCAGCAGUCUGCAGACCAGAGGACGACCAGGGUCAACAUGACCGUGACCUCCGGCCCUCGCCCGACCUUGCCUCCUGACCAUUUUGUCCCUCACCCAUCAGUGUCAACACUGCUGGCAUGAUGGUGCCUCCCAGAAAGCCUCAAUAACACCAUGGGGUCAGGUGUAAGGCGAUGAUGUGUAGGGAAUAGGGUUGCAACAGUAUGAGAUUUUCACUGUCUCUGAAAAUAUUAUGGUAUUACAAAGUUCUUAUCAUUAUUAUUAUUAAUAACAACUUUUUUAUUGAUUGAAAUGUAUGUGGCAUGAUAACUUUCAGUUGUCGUACCAUCGCACACGACAUAUUAUGAAAACAGCAUACAGCUGCAACCCCACUGGGGAGGUUUAUGGAUCCUGGGCUCACCCCCACCUCGACAUGUACCAUUUGUCAAGAUCAUAAGCACAUCCGCCUUUCCAUGGCCCAGCCACUGUGGUUUUCUGUGCAGUAUUGAUGUGUACGUGUGGAUUUGUGUGUAUGUGUGUGUGUAUGCAUGCACCCCGUGCACUUUAUGAAGAGGUCUCCUUCUCUUUACAUGCGUGCGUCGAUGCGUGGACAUUUUCAUUGGUGCUAAUCACAAGAAAAGUGUGAUGAUGAUGAUGAUGAUCCAAAGUGCUUGCAGAACUAAAUAAAGCUAAGCACUUUACUCUG